UAGGUAGCCCGUUAAAAUGCCCGAACUCAAAACACUUCUUUUUCCAAGAUGGCGUCGAUGAAGGACAGCGACACCGGCCUGUGGCUUCAUAACAAAUUGGGAUCCACGGACGAGCUGUGGACGCCUCCGAGCAUCGCCUCUCUCCUCACCGUGUCAGUAAUUGACAACAUACGGCUGUGUUUCUCGAGCUUAUCGCCCCCGGUGAAGCUCAAACUCCUGCUCGGGAUGCUGCAUCUUCCCAGGCGAACCGUUGACGAGAUGAAGGAGGCGCUGUCGGAGAUAAUCCAGCUGGCUACGGUGGAUUCAGAGCCCUGGGUGCUGAUGGUUGCAGACAUCCUCAAGUCCUUCCCAGAGACUGGCUCUCUCAAUCUGGACUUGGAGGAGCAGAAUCCAAAUGUGCAGGAUAUUCUUGGAGAGCUCAGGGAGAAAGUGAGCGAGUGUGAGGCGCCUGCCAUGCUCCCUCUGGAGUGUCAGUACCUGAACAAGAGUGCGUUAACCACUCUGGUGGGACCCCUCACACCCCCUGUCAAACAUUUCCAGCUGAAGAGGAAGCCUAAAAGUGCAACCCUCAGGGCAGAGCUGCUACAGAAAUCCACAGAGACAGCCCAGCAGCUAAAAAAGACAGCCGGAGUGCCUUUUCACGCCAAAGGGAGAGGAUUGGUCAAAAAGAUUGACACAACAACUCCUCUCAAGGGGAUUCCCAAGGCCCCUUUCCGCAGUCCCACUGCUCCCAGUAUGUUCAGCCCUCCCAGUAACCGCACACCUAUUGCCCCUGCACGGACGCCCCUGCGUAAGGAGAGAGGGGUCAAGCUGUUAGAUAUUUCAGAGCUGGAUAUGGUCGGAGCUGGGAGAGAAGCAAAGAGGAGAAGAAAGACUUUGGAAACGGAGGCCGGAGAGAAAGCAGCCAAAGAAGAAGCAGCCGUGGUGGAAAACACCACACCCGACUACGCUGCCGGCCUCGUCUCUGCACAGAAACUGGGGGCGUUGAACGAGAAUCCUCUGCCGUCUACCAGCUACCUACCGGCCACACCCAGCAUGGUCCCCUCCUCCUCUUACAUUCCCAGCUCCGAGGCCCAGCCAGCAAAUGCUGGUGGUUCGGGACGGGACACGCUGCAGUCGGCUCGCCAACCAGAGGAGUCAGCAACAGCGGGCGCUGGCGCCACCGCCACUGCCACCUUACCAGGUCAGUACAAACAGAGGACGCCUAUGUACAACGCGAGCAACACGGCGAAUCCCGCAACCCCAACGUCCCCCAGCACGCCAGUCUCCACCCCCGCCAGCAACGGGCCCCCAGCGGCUGCGACUGCCAGCCAGCCAGAGACCCCCACCCAGCCUCCGAGCACACCGCAGACCCCCACCCCGACACCAACCCCUACGCCACCUCAGCCACAGCCCAAAAAGAACCUGUCACUCACGAGAGACCAGAUGUACGCUGCCCAGGAGAUGUUCAAGACGGCCAACAAGGUCACCAGACCAGAGAAGGCCCUCAUCCUGGGCUUCAUGGCUGGAUCCAGAGAGAACCCGUGCCCGGAGCAGGGGGACAUCAUCCAGAUCAAGCUGAGCGAACACACAGAGGUUCUGCCCAAAGCCGACGGCACCGGCAGCACCACCAUGCUGGUGGACACAGUCUUCGAAAUGAACUACUCCACAGGACAGUGGACCCGCCUCAAGAAAUACAAACCCAUCACCAAUACCUCCUGAGGAGCUUCACGUCCUCAAAAAAACACACAUCCAAAAUUUCUUAUCCACUUAAAAAAAGAAAAUGUUUACACACGUACAAGUAUUUGCAUACACAUUUGGGCCAAAUCAAGCACUGGGCGGGUGAGAGGUCGUCAAGGAGAGAAAGGUCCUCCCUGUUCCUGCGCCGCCAAAAUGCAGGACUCUUUGAAGAAUAUUUCUGUACUUUUUGUUUGGUUGUUUCCCUUUCCCUUUUAUUGUUUCAGUUUUUAAGUCACCUGCGAUUCCUGAAUGAUGCUGUGGUCACAAGGAGUGAGGGAGUUAAACGAGUCUGAGCUGAGGAAUUGUUCUCACGGCAGGCACCUGUCAACAUGUGUACUCUGGAGGUACCAACAUGUCACGUGUCUAGAGAGAAGACGAGCUGUCUGUAUUUUUGUGUAUGAAUGUCACAUUUUGCAGCUUAUCUUCUUUCAGACCAGAAUCAUGGUUUGUGACAAAAAAAAGAGAACAGUAACGAAGGUCAUCAUUGAGGUGACCAAAAGAAGAAAAAAAAAACAAAGCGGUGAAAAUGAGUUCUGUUUGGAGCCUUAUGGUCGAUGUUUUCAUCCAUUUUUCAUCCUUUUUCCAAAGAAGGGAAGAAAAUAAAGUGACAGCAGACUCCAGAGGACGUUUUGCAUCAUUCUUACUCACUUCUAACUUUUUGGGAAUUUACCACAGGCUUCCUGUUUGUGUUUUUUAUGUGCCUUUCCCUCCCCUACUUACAUUUAUAAUCAGAUUGUGAUUAAUCUAUUUUGGAGGGUUUCUUAAAUUCCUUUGCCGUAAAGGGACAGUUCACCCCAAAAAUCAAAAAUACAUAUUUUCCCUCUUACCUGUCGCGAUAUUUAUCAGUCUUGAUUGUUUUGGUGUGAGCUGCAGAGUGUUGGAGAUAUUGGCCAUAGAGAUGUCUGCUUUCUCUCCAAUAUGAUGGAGCUAUUGUACUGUCGUCAGUCAGAGAACCCUCAAUCGACUGAGACUGCUUCGAGUCGAGUAGUCGUCUUUUUUUUGUUGUUGUUUUUUGCUAGUUGGUGUGCUCUGCAGUGUAUUUCUGGAGAUGUUUUGGUCCCCAGAUUUUGAUGCUGAUUGAGCGCUCUUGACUUUCUCGCUGCUCUUUGGUACCGUCAGCUGCGGAUGUGAUGCAGCAACACAGAGAAGGAGAAACUUUCCACCAUAAGGCUCCGAGGCAACAUUAUUUUCUUACUUCUGCUUUGAAGUGAUUAAUUUACAGCUCACAGAUACUUAAUUCGACUUUCGAAUUUUGUUUGUUAUCCAGAAAAAAAGCAAUAUCCAGUCCAUCGUUAGCUUGUUUGCUGUAAUAUAUGAAUGCCACUGCUGCACUGCACAUCCUGCUGAGCCCCUGUCAAACUUCAAAAGUUGGUAUGAAGAAAAAAAAAGAGUGUCAAAUAUUCGUUUUAAAUGGCCAAAUCUGAUUCGACUGAGUGGGGUACAACCCUACUUUCUACCAAACUACACCCACCAGCUUUAUCACCGUGCAGCAGGCAGCGUGCAUCUACUCACGGAUGAGAGGCUUCUCUUUGCACUGUUGGUGGAUGAUCACAACAGGUCAUGAUUUCUGUAAAGAGACAUUACUGUUGAGUUUUUCAAAUGUAUUUUUUGGCACUUUGAGCACCACAAGCAGAGUCUCAUCUCGUUCCAUUAUAUUGGAGGGAAGGCAGACAUCUGUGCGACCAGUAUUUCCAACACUGUAACUUGGGGUGAACUGUCCCUUUCGCCUGAAGCUGGAUAUUUCAGCAGGUUUUCCUCAGCGUUUUGACCCAAAUUGGGUGCAAUCUAACAGAAUCCUGUAAGUUGCACAAUUUUAACUAUUAAAGGAAACCAGUGCACUCAGACUGUAUAAUGCAUAUGUUAAAAGGCAUACCUCAGCUAAGAAAUGGUCCCGUGUGUAACCUUACAUAACCUGACAUACGUAGACUUUGUACAGACGAAACAAAGUAGAUAUAAUGUGUUAAUUAGUGAGCUAUUGAAGGUGUCGGUAGGUGGAUCUUGUUACCUUUGGACAGUCAAAGCGCCGCUGGCUGUUGCUUCAUAUGUAUUGUACAGACAUAAGUGGUUGCACUUUACUGUUUCAGAGUGUCUGCAAGUCGUUGAGUCGUAAAAUGUCUUAAAUUCAAUUUUAUAAAAAUUACGCUCUAAGUAACGGUCAUAAAUUUGAAUUCACAAGGUCUUAAUUUCCACAAACAUUUUAUCUAAUUUAUCUAUCAUUUGAAGUGAAGCUCUUCUGUGUGAAACUCCAAGUUUAUGAUGUGACAAAUCUUCAAACCUACCACUGAACCUUCUGCUGUCUUC